AAACGAUCAGCAUUCACAUUUCCAACUUCCCAAACCAAACCCAACCACUCAAAACUUCAAAAUGUUCGCCAAAGUGAUCAUCUUCGUGGCCAUCGCCGUUGCCUGCGCCGCCGGUAAGCCCCUAACGGCAGCUGUCGUGGCUGCACCGGCCGUCGUGACCGCCCAGAGCUCGCAGGUUAUUGCCAGAAACUACAACGGAGUGGCUGCUGCAUACACCGCACCGGCCGUUGUGUCCGCCGCUUACACUGCUCCGGUGGCCGCUGCCUACACCGCUCCAGUUGCUGCCGCCUAUACUGCUCCAGUGGCCGCUGCCUACACCGCUGCCUACAGCUCGCCAGUUGCUGCCGCUUACACUACGGCUCCAGUGGCCGCUGCCUACAGCGCUCCGUUUGCCGCUGCCUACACUGCGUCGCCGUACGCUUCCUACUACCCGUACGUGCUGUAAGGCACCAGGAUUGGCCACCAUCUUCACACAAAACACCCGAUCGUUUGUUGUAAAUAAUUACCAUCAAAACCGUUAAGCAUUUCAA